AUGGCACAGAAUGUACAUGACUGGGGGUACAUGCAGCUGGUGAACAUAGACAUGCUCCCGGAUGUGAGAGUGUUUUUCCACCCACACGAGGAGAUUGUCUCCCUUGUUCUGGCACUCAUACUCGGGCAGGCAUUGUCAAGUAUGUACCAGAGUACCAGUGCGCCAGUGUACCAGAGUACCAGUGUACCAGUGUACCAGUGUACCAGUGUACCAGUGUACCAGUGUACCAGUGUACCAGUGUACAAGUACAAGUGCACCAGUGUACCAGUGUACCAGUGUACCAGUGUACCAGUGUACCAGUGUACCAGUAUACCAGAGUACCAGAGUACCAGUGUACCAGUGUACCAGUGUACCAGUGUACCAGUGUACCUGUGUACCAGUGUACCAGUGUACCAGAGUACAAGUGUACAAGUGUACCAGAGUACCAGUGUACCAGUGUACCAGAGUACCAGUGUACCAGUGUACCAGUGUACCAGUGUACCAGUGUACCAGUGUACCAGUGUACCAGGUUCGGAAUCAACACCAGUGUUUGAAAAAUAUUGA